UGCAGGCCGCGUUUUUUUGGAACCAGCCAUUUAUUCGUCCACCAACAAUAGAAAUUAAUGUUUCUCACUUGAACACUCUGUAGAGCUGUCGCUGUCGUGACAAGGCCGUGUAUACUCCAAGUCUACAUGUAGGAUGAAGAGUAACAGUUACUGCUGAUAAUGAAGUUUGCGCUCGUGGACAAUACAACGCUGUGUGAAGUAAAUUGUGGCUCCACAAUCGCUCUGAAUGCUAAUGUGUGUCCAUGGAAUACUAAAACGCAAUAGGCGCGGUGCAGCUAACGCCCAACGUGGAUGAAACGGACAACAGCAGCGGCUAGAGCGUUCUCCUUCCUCGGUGAACACUGCUACAAGACAUUAUGCUUGAUGAUUCACCAAACACCAUCGUUGGGGGCCAAGUUUUCCGGCGCCAGCGAGUUAUUCGUCCACCAACUAAUUUUGAUGAGUCUUUCUUCAACACUUCGUAGAGCAGCCGCACAAGGCCUUUCCUUUGCGUUAGGGUAGCGAUCCUUCCUAGAUGAUGUCGCUAUUCAUUGUUACUUUUUACUACAAUGAGUAGUGUUUCUCCGAAAAUAAAGUCAGCUGCCUGGGCAUUAGCCUUUGGCAUUAGCCAUUAGUACUGCCUAGGCCUAGCGCCUUGACUUGUAAAAAAAUUGAUUUUGCAAGUCUUCAAUCAUGUCUGCAUGUACGCGCUAUCCAAUCCAGCCAUGUGGCGUGAACAGAUUGCUUGACGUGAAAGGUAGCGCGGCCGGGCGAGCGCGAGUCGUACGCGCUCGCGGACGUGUCUGGCACGUGAAACGAAAAGAUUUUUUUGGCGGGUAGUCGGCAAAAAUUAAGUGACGGUCCCUUUAGUCCUUCGCCUUGUAGAGGACGGUCGUAACUAUGGCGACGUAAAUUAAUAGAGCGUUUGGCAAUGACACAAAACAAAAGCCAGAACAGGUUUGAAAAUGUAAAUCCUAGGGUCGCUCGGGCGCUACAUGAUGAACAUGUCCUUUCAAAGGCGAAAUGCUUUUACAUGGGCGUUUGUUGCAUGCUGCAGAGCAAGCCAAACUAUAAUGUUUCUUCUUCUAUGCACGCUGCUAGUUUGACCUGCACAUUCACGCGUCUUUUCGUCAUGAGUCUUGCAUAUUUAGCUAGCUCGCUAGUACUUCCCGGCGCCAAUUAAUUUGCCAGUAGUUUGAAAAUUGUAAACAAUUGCAACUGUUUUGCUCGUGCUUUGCUGCUGGACGAGUUUGAUCGAGGUGUCAGCCUGGCGGCAGCGCUGAUCCAGUGUACCGUGCGGAGCAGAAUGUGAGCAGUUCUGCAGUUCCAGCUAGGAGGAGACAGCUGUGUGCGCGUGCGUGUGUACAUGGAACAGCACAAUACAGGCAUCCAGUCCCACUGCAUAACCUCUAGCACGGAAUUCACCUAGCUGCACGCACAGCGUCUCAGUGGAGGGUCUGAGCAGUGACAAUGGACUGCAAUCAAGGCGAUCGUACUGCUGCUGCAGCUGCUGUGGGUGCACCAGCAGCAGGCGGUGCAGUGGUGCUGGGCCGUGGACAUGUGACAUUGCUGAGUAGGGAGGAGCUGGAGGACAAGUAUCUACGUUUGAAGGAAACACACCAGGAAACAAAAAAGCUCAACAAGACACAGGAAGAAAAGAUGAAGCGCAUGGCAACAAAGUUGAUUCGCCUGACAGAUGACUUCAAGAAGGAGAAGAAAGUGUCUGGUAUUGACGUGGAUAGUCGAGAACUGGUGGAGGACUUGAGACGCCAGGUCCAGGAACUAAAACAGAAGAAUGUCUCGGUUUCCAGAAAGCUGCAGGUCUGCCGUCAGGAGUUGGCAGACUCCAAGCAGAAGACGGGACCGUAUCGUAAUGUGGCGGCCCGCAUUGACACGGGGAUUUCCCGUCCUCAGCAUGGCAGACACAGGGCUGAGUCACAUGACAGGGCAGGCAAAGUAGCAGUAUCAUCAGCUGGAGUUCAACACUCGCCUCCACCAGCCAUGGUACCCAGGUAUGGGCAUAGCUUGCUGGAAGAGGAGCGACAACGUACCACUGAGCUACAGGAAGUCAUCCUUGAGCUGGAGGAAGAGCUUGAGCAGCAGAAACAGCUAAGGGCGGCUGAGCAAGAGACCACGGUCGAAAAGAUGAAAUUACAGCAUGCCAAGUAUAGCGAAGACAUGGAGAAAUUACGGCAGUCUCUUGUCCACACACAGAGGAAGAACAUCUCGGAUGACGUGUCCCUUAUAAAGCUGCAGCGGGAAGUCAGAGAGAAGUGUGCGCAGCUUGAGGCAUUGCAGACGAAAUACUUGACAGCCGAACAGCAAGUGGAAAAGCUGAAAGUGAACCACUCCAGCGUCCUAUCUGAACUGUCAGACUUGCAAGAACGUUGCCAGGUGGAGGAAGGCAAAUGUCAAGAAUUACGCUCAGCGUUAGCUGGCCAGAAGUUGACAAAUGCUGCUAUCACAGAGCUGCAGGAAAUGGUGGAUGACCUCCGCGCAGAAAAGAAGCUUUUACAAGAAACCAAUGACACACUGCUUUCAUCGUCGUUUGAUAUGAAACAAGAAAGACAGCACAAGGCUCAGCUACAGCUUCUGCAGGAUCGAAUGGAUCUUCUGGAGUCCGGCAAGAAGCAGCUGCUACAAGAGAAGAGUGAUCUUCUUGAGCAGCUUGCCACAGCAAAAGAACAGCUAUCGGCUGCGGAUAAGGAAAUGCGUGCCACAAACCUCAAGUACUUCACGCUGAAAGAAGAGCACGAGAAAUUGAGUGAAAAGAUGGAAUUCUUCUCCACGCAAAGUUCUGUGAACUUCACCGAGUUGGAGGAAGCGCUGGCCUUUAUCAAGGAAAGUAAACUGAGCGAUGGCAGGAAUAUGAGUGCCCUGCAUGUUUCUGACGAGGUCGGUGCUCUGGCUGCUGCAAAGAAACGUGCGGAGAGUGAUCUUCAUCGCUUGGAGACAGUCUACACACAGACGAGACAAGAGCUGGAAAAGAAUCGCCAUCUUCUCCGACUGCAGCUGAAGAUCACCUCCGACGUCGAAGCCGAACGGGACCUCAUUGAAAAGCGCUUGGCCGACGUCGAGGCAGAGAGUGAAGAGAACACAAAGGAACACAAGGACUCCGUGGCCAGACUACGAACGCGGAUAAAACGUCUUGAGCAGCAGCUCCACGAUAUGGCGUAUGGAACUAAGCAGCUUAAGGUCUCGGCACAUCCAGCUGAAGACGAUGUUGCUGAAACGCUGGCUUUGCAGCCGGGGCAAAAUCGCCUGCAGAUUCACCUCGGAGAGUUUGAGUUAAGUGAAGACGGACGUGAAGCGUUUGGCAGCUCCAUUCCACCACUAUCCUUCCUCUCCCUGGACUUCUUGGAUUUUGAACUCACGGUUACCAGCACCAUGGCAACGAGUGGGUUGAUGGAUUUCAACUUCACGACGUGUUACACCGUCACAAUGGAUGACUUCCUUAUACAUUCUCUCAGAACGGUCCCAUGCAGGGUAUGCUUUCACGGAGCAUCAGGUGCAUCAUGGUCUACCAUUGCGGCCGGCCAUUUCCAUCUCAGAGACCUGCUUUCGGAGACUAAACAAGAUCGUCUCCAUGGUACCGUCACGCUGAUUGGCGAUGAACCUUACACCGGGUUGCCCAUGGCAACAGUGAAGCUAUGGACGCGGCUACACAGUCCUGUGGAUCAAGCAUUGCAACUGUACAGAGAGCGUAUGAAGGCACUGGGAUAUGUUUUGGCCAAUCAGGCAGCUGAGCAACCAGCUGAUGUCGGUGGUGACGUGUUGCCUUCAGAUGGCGCUCUAGAGGAUAUACCCAUUGAGCCGUCAUCACUGCAGCUGCUGGUCGACAAUCAGCUGGAGGUCGUUGUUGUGUCUUGUUCCGGUCUUCUCUCGGGGAAAGCUGGUCAACAGCCAUCUGCAUACGUUGUCUACAAGCUGUGGACUAUGCCGGAACACAGCACUAAGACGGUGAACAACUCCAACACGCCGCAGUUCAACGAUCGGCAAUGCUUCAACUUGCCUGUUGCCACGGAAACCGAUGAAUUCCUACGAUGCCAG